AUAUGUGUGCAUUCGUAUUCACCAUCAACACUUGAAACUACGCACGCAACAAGUAAACACAUGCGCAACGUUACGCUACAAAUCGCCAUGGGAAUAAAUGGCCAAAACAGUGCACAGCAAAUAUUUGAGAUAACAGAUUCCAAGGGUUAUCCGGGAAAAAAAAUUGCGCCACAAAAAUGAACCAAACCCAAACGAUGGCCGAAACCGUCGCCAUCGGGGACAAAAAUCUCAACGAUGUUUCAUCAUCAUCAUCUAUUGAGCUUUCCACGUUGUCCCGCUUCAAAGAUUUAUCACUAUCCGGACUGCAAUCGAUAAACCGAAGCUCGCUGCAGAACUCUGACAAUCCGAAAGACAGUGGCAAUGAGAGCGAGGGUGAAAUUGAAUUGAGCGGCUAUCAUCGGAUCCGGACCGUCGGCCAGGGUUCGUUUGGUAUAGCAGUGCUGUACGAGCGCUUGGGUGAUGGUCAAUCAAUAGUUAUGAAGCAGAUCAACCUGUCCGACCUGUCAAAAUCCGAACGGGAUCUGGCGAUGAAUGAAGUGGAGGUGUUCUCAAAGUUACACCACCCGAACAUUAUCGCCUAUUUGGGGAGCUUCGUUCGCGGAAACUACUUAUUCAUCGAGAUGGAAUAUGCCGACGGGGGAACACUUGCGCAAAUUUUAAUCGACAAAAGCCAAGGCGAACGCCUUCCGGAACGGUUCAUAUUGAACAUCUUCGAGCAGAUCACAAGCGCUAUAACCUAUAUGCACUCGCAAAAUAUUCUGCAUCGUGAUCUGAAAACGGCGAACGUAUUUAUGAAUAAGCGGGGAAUUGUUAAAAUUGGAGAUUUUGGUAUAUCGAAGAUCAUGAGCACGAGGGUUCAAGCCCAGACCGUUUUGGGGACGCCUUAUUACUUCAGCCCGGAAAUGUGCGAAGGAAAACAAUACGAUGAGAAAAGUGAUGUCUGGGCGUUAGGUUGCGUUCUUGGAGAGAUGUGCUGUUUCAGAAAAGCCUUCAGUGCAUCGAAUCUUUCUGAACUAAUUUCGAAGAUCAUGACAGCCAGAUACGUUCCCCUUCCUGAAGGAUACUCAGAAACAUUGAGACAUGUGCUAAGUCUUAUGUUGCAGAUUGAUCCUCAAGUCCGACCGUCGGCAUCGGAGAUUCUGCAAUAUUGGAUUCCUCUCAUCUAUCGGAAUUUGGGCAAAAAUGGCUUCAAAUACAUAUCAAAUGAAAUAACGGAUAUGUCGUCGGAGAGAACGGAAUCUUCUAGCAUCAGGAUGGGAACGGCUACAAGGAAUUACAUGCAGGCAUCGACUGCCACCAUGAAUAAUUUGCCGUUGACAGAGCGAUCAGUUCUCUAUCAACUCAAAUCGUUCGGAACUUCAACAAGCUUGAAUCCAUUGCAGCUACCGCCUACCGGGAAGAUUAGACAGAUUGCUACAAGCGGGGCACAUUUUGUAGCGGUGAUGUAUGAUGGAUCAGUGUACAGUUGGGGAGAAGGUGACACAGGGCAACUGGGUCACAACGCACUGGAAACGUGGCGCCACUAUCCAACAAGAAUUGAUACCAUUCGAAAAUAUACCGUCGUUGGCGCCGCCACAGGAACUGAUUUUACAAUAUUUUGGACCGAUCUCGGCGUGGUUUUGAGUUGCGGUGACAACAGCCACGGAUGCUUGGGCCAUGGGAACACCGUUUCUCUGUUGGUUCCGAAAAUCAUCGAUGAGUUGAACAACAUUAAAAUUGUGCAAGUUGCUUGCGGAACUCAUCAUGUGGCCGCCCUUAGUGACGAAGGAGACUUAUACACAUGGGGUUCAAGUGCCAAGGGCGCUCUGGGUCUUGGAAAGCAAAUGUUGACCAGUUCGGUACCGCGACGUUUGAUCAUUUCGCAAAUGAUUCAAACCAUCGAACAGAUUUGCUGCGGACCAGACUGCACAGUUAUUUUGUCCAGCAAUGGAUCAUGUUACUGUUGUGGCAGUAAUGACUUCAACGUGUUUGGAUUUGGACAGAAUAUUACUCAGCUCAUAGGUUUACGAAAAAUAACAUUCAUUACGCAAAAGAUUCUGGCCGUCAGCAUUGCGGAAACGCAUGGGGCAUUUCUGAUCGAGGGAGGUUACGUCGUGACCGCUGGCGAUAAUUGUAACGGCCAGAGAGGUUUGGGCCAUACCCACCGAAAGACGGAGCCAACACUGCUGAAAAGUUUAACGUCACGUUUCGUUACGAAAAUUAGGUGCCAUUCAACCUACACUGUGGCAACAACAGACGACAACUGUAUCCUGUUCUGGGGCACAAGGUUAGGUAUACCUGAAGCAGAUAUCAAUGCAUCAAGUGUAGCUCAACUGGAUAAUGAGGCUAACAGAAGGACGUCCGAAAUGACCUCGAUCGGAAACAGCACAGCGGCUUUCACAAAUUUCUUGACAUCCGUCUACAAAUAUGAGACCAUUUUAGACCCGAUUGAUAUUUUAGCACUGUACUCUUCGAAAGAUCAACAAGAGAAGGGAAGUUACUUGAAGCUGGCCGACAUAAAGCCCCUUCUUCACAGUGUUUUAGUUACCGUGGACACCACCUGUCCCCUGAUAUGAAUUAAAGACAAGUCGAUUUUAAUUUGAAAUAAUAUUUGUAUGAAGUCUGUGUUUGAUUUUUGUUAAUAAAUAUUUACAGCUAAU